AUGGCUUCCAAAUUCUUCCCCGCCGUCCCGCGGACUGGCCGCCAGCUCUUCCAGCAGAUCCCCAAGACCCAAUUCAGACCCUUCUCGGCUGGUCCGCAACGCUUCAGCGACUCCCUUGCCGUGCACCGCAACAAAGGCGAAAACAACCCGAAUGUUCCGUUCAAGUUCACCGAGCAAAACCUCAAGCUCAUCGAUGAGAUCCUCAAGCGCUAUCCCCCCCAGUACAAGAAGGCCGCUGUCAUGCCGGUCCUGGACGUUGGCCAGCGCCAGCACGGCUACACCAGCAUCAGCGUCAUGAACGAGGUCGCCCGUCUCCUGGAGAUGCCCCCCAUGCGUGUCUACGAAGUCGCAACUUUCUAUACCAUGUACAACCGUGAGCCGGUUGGCAAGUACUUUGUUCAGCUUUGCACGACGACACCCUGCCAGCUCGGUGGUUGCGGUAGCGACAAGAUCGUCAAGGCGAUCACGGAACACCUGGGUAUCACCCCCGGACACACCACCGAAGAUGGUCUCUUCACCUUCGUCGAAGUCGAAUGCCUGGGUGCCUGCGUCAACGCUCCCAUGGUCCAGAUCAACGACGACUACUACGAGGACCUUACCCCCGAAUCGAUGAAGUCGCUGCUCACCGCCCUCAAGGAGUCCGCCACGGCCACCGAGGCUGGCCAGACGGUGAAGGUGCCUGCUCCGGGUCCUCUGAGCGGCAGAGAUACAUGCGAGAACAGCGCGGGAUUGACCAACCUGAUCGAGCCCGUGUGGGACCCGGCUACGAUGAUGAGAAAGGAUGGGGCUUUGGACGAGCAAACACAAUAA